CGUCGCACAACGAGCGGCGACAGUUUGCCCUUCAACCGAAUCCCAUCCGGGCAAGCCGCCGGUUUCCUCCUGUCCCAUCACAUUUUCUAGGAACGACCCAAAUUGCGACGACAAGCCCAACAAAUCCGCAAGCCGCGAGCGUCGUCGCUUACCACCGCCGCCAUGGGUAUUCCUGCGGCGUUCCGGUGGUUGUCCACCAAAUAUCCCAAAAUCAUCUCCCCGGUCAUAGAAGACAAACCUAUCGAGAUGGACGACGGCACUGUCAUUCCCGUCGAUACUGCGAAGCCGAACCCAAACGGAGAGGAAUUCGACAACUUGUACCUGGACAUGAACGGAAUUGUUCAUCCCUGCGCGCAUCCCGAGGACAGGCCCGCGCCCAAGGACGAGGAGGAGAUGAUGCUUGAGAUUUUCAGGUAUACCGACCGCGUUGUCAAUAUGGUGAGGCCGCGCAAGGUACUCAUGAUCGCAGUUGAUGGUGUUGCUCCCCGUGCCAAGAUGAACCAGCAACGAUCUCGACGAUUCCGAUCUGCGCAGGAAGCCAAAGAGAAGGCUGAGGACAAGAUGGAGCUUCUGAAACUACUAAAGCAGCAAAAUGGUGGCGACGUUGCCCCCGAGACGCUCGAGAGCGUAACCAAGAAGGCUUUCGACACCAAUUCCAUCACUCCUGGCACUCCCUUCAUGCUCAUUCUGGCCGCCAGUUUGAGGUACUGGUGCGCUUACAAGCUGAACACCGACCCCGCCUGGGCCAACCUCAAGAUCAUCAUUUCUGAUGCUACAGUGCCCGGCGAGGGCGAGCACAAGAUCAUGGACUUCGUCCGCUCCCAGCGGUCAUCGCCCGACCACGACCCGAACACGAGGCACGUCAUCUACGGCCUGGAUGCCGAUCUCAUCAUGCUAGGUCUCGCCACGCACGAGCCGCACUUCCGAGUCUUGCGCGAGGAUGUCUUCGCCCAGCAAGGAAAAGCGAGGAUGUGCAAGCUAUGUGGGCAGAAGGGACACGAUGCGCAGAACUGUCGGGGAGAGGCCAAGAAGAAGGAGGGCGAGUUUGAUGAAAAGGAAAAGGCCGAGCCGCUGAAGCCCUUCAUAUGGCUGCAUGUCUCUGUUCUUCGCGAGUAUCUUGCCGUCGAGCUUGAGGUUUCAAACCUCCCAUUUCGGUUCGAUCUGGAGAGAGCCGUUGACGACUGGAUUUUCCUCUGUUGCUUCGUCGGCAAUGACUUCUUGCCGCAUCUACCUGCCCUGGAAAUCCGUGAGAACGGAAUCAACACCCUGACCAACAUCUGGAAGCGGAACCUGGCAACCAUGGGCGGCUACGUCACCAAGGACGGCCACAUCGACCUAGAGCGGAUCCAGGUCAUCAUGAACGGUCUGGCGCAGCAAGAGGACUCUAUCUUUCGGAAGCGAAAGGAAUCGGAAGACCGCAAGGAAGCAAACGCCAAGCGGCGCAAGCUCCAAGAUGACAGAGAGAAGUACGGGAGGAAAGGCGGGCAAAACGAGUCGUUUGGUGGUAUCGCCGAGCCUGGAAAAAUCAUCACGCACGACAUGGUGGUCAACCGCGCCGCAACCCAGGCGCAGGAUGCCAAUGUGGCAAACAAGAGCGCGGCGAGCAUUCUCAAGAGCCAGAUCAAGGCUCUUUCGGCUCCAGCGGGCGAAGCCACCCCUCCCGAGACACCUGUCAAGAACGGAGGUGACUCGGAAGACUCGAAAGACUCGAAGCCGGACACGCCUGCCUCAGAGACGCCCGCGUCGGCUCUCGGCAAACGCAAGGCUGAAUUGUUGGAAGAUGGCGAUAGCUCAGCCGGGCCCAACAGCCCUGCCCCUGGCACGCCAUAUUCUGGUGCAGCGGAGGGCCCCGUCGACACCGUCAGGAUGUGGGAGUCGGGAUAUAGUGAUAGGUACUACGAGCAAAAGUUCCACGCCGACCCCAAGGACGUUGGUUUCCGCCACAAGGUGGCCCACGCGUACGUCGAGGGUCUGGCGUGGGUACUCCUGUAUUACUUCCAGGGCUGCCCGUCAUGGGAGUGGUACUACCCCUACCACUAUGCUCCGUUUGCGGCCGAUUUCCAGGGCCUUGCGGAUCUCAAGAUCUCAUUCGAGAAGGGGAGGACGUCGAGACCCUAUGAGCAGCUCAUGAGCGUGCUGCCUGCUGCGUCUCGCGACAACCUUCCUCCCGUCUUCCAUGAUCUCAUGACAAACGAGGACAGCGAGAUCAUCGACUUCUAUCCCGAGGACUUUGAGCUCGACCUCAAUGGCAAGAAGUUUGCCUGGCAGGGUGUCGUGCUUUUGCCCUUCAUCGAGAUGGACAGGCUUCUGGCUGCCGUCGAGGCCAAGUACCCGCUGCUUACACCGGAGGAGGCGGCGAGGAACGGCGUGGGGAAGGAGGUGCUCAUCUUAUCUGACGCCCACGAGGGGCUUUAUGAAGACAUCAUCACACACUUCUACUCGAAGAGACAAAGUGGCUCCGAGUUCACGCUCAAUCAGCGGAAUAGCGAUCUCUUGGCAGGCAAGGUGUCGAAGCUUGACGACUACCUGCCCCACGGCGCGCUAGCGUAUCCUUUGGAAAGGAAAAGCAUGCCGGAUGUCGAGUACGACCGCUCAUUGAGUGUGCAUUACGAGAUGCCCAAAGCACAUCCCCACAAAUCCAUGCUGAUGCGAGGUGUCAAGUUGCCAACCCCAGCGCUCACCCGGAGUGACCAGGAGGAACUACGAGGGAAGCUGCGUGGUCGUGGCGGCGGCGGCUAUGGCGGUCGCGGUGGCUAUGGAAAUGGCAACGGCGGCGGCUAUGGCAACAAUGGCGGCGGCUAUGGAAACGGCGGCGGCUACGGUAACCGUGGCGGCUAUGGCAACGGCAACUCAUACGGCUCCCGAGACCACCGGGGUGACCGGCAGGGAGGAGGAGGGCAGCAGCACCGCAAUCAGUCGUGGCAGCCUCCCGCACCAGGCCAGUCCGGAUUCGGGGUGGGCUCGCUUCCCCCGCCUCCGCCUCCCGGACAACACUACGGCGGCCAUGGCCAAGGAUACAGCAACCAGUAUCCUCCAGCCUACCCCCAAGGAUACCCACAGUAUUCCGGGGCGUAUCCGCCAGCUGGCGCACCUGCUUACCCGCCGUCAUACCCACCGCAAUCGUACGGCGGACAUGGGCAGCACGGGCAAUACCAACCUCCUCCGCAUGGGGGACAUCGCGGAUCGUAUAACAGACACGACGGCGGCGGCCGGGACCACGGCUCUCACCACGGCGGAGGCGGUGGUGGUAGAGGCCGGGACAACCGUAACGACAGACGGUACUAAUGGAUGAAAUGGAGGUGCUACCCGCCCAUGGAGUGGCAGACCUUUGGUUGGGGGGAAAUGUUGGCUUCAAGAUCUUCAAAGUUGUAUCAUUUGUAUAAGAGGAAGGGUGACUGGGUCUUGUUUGCAUUUCUGUUUUCUAUAUGGACUCGAUGCUGUCGAGUUCGCGCGAUGUUUGAGAUAUCCGAGGCAGGCUAAGGAUAGCCGAGCAGCCCAGGCAGCCGGUCGCUGCUCAAUCCCCAUAUGCUUCAUAUGGUGUUCAAAAUUGCCACACAUUGUCCAACAGGCAAGGACUAUAUUAUUUUAGACGAGGCAUACCUGUCGUCGAUUUCAGAGUGGCGCAUCCAUUGUUCCCAACACAUGUCCUGUCACGAAUCGAAUGUUUUACAAGAUCUUGCCUUUGUUGACGACAAAUGCUUCAAUGGCAGCUAGAAAUGCGCAAUAACGUCGAUUAGUCAGCCUCGUACCUCAAAGUGAUAGGAUAAUUAAGUCUUAUCCGUAUUUUCAAC